AAGAUCCAAAGGUGGUUAUGGAAUCGCCUGCUCAUCACAAAAUGGGCAGUCUCAGGUCAAACGAGAAACCGAGCCGUCAAAAAGGGGCGAGCGGCCGGCACACGGCAGCAGUCAGGCCUCGGCGGACAAUGCCCGGGAGCUGGACGGUGGCGUUGGUGGGGGUGGCCGCGGGGGCCCUGUGUCUCACGGUCGGCAUGCUGCUGGGACACUUCGCCAUCCCCAAGGCGGAGACGAACACGGCGCCCGCCUGGCUGGCCGAGUACGGCCGCGACUUUGACAGCGACGUCGUCGGGCGCCUCCUGUCCGACAUCGACACCAAGCGCCUGGAGCAGAACCUCAAGGAGCUGUCCGCGAAGCCCCACCUGGCCAGCACGGCAGGCGACGAGAAUCUCGCCAAGCUCAUCCUGUCGCGCUGGUCCGACGGAGCAGAGGGCCUCGACCACGCCGAGCUGGUUCCCUACGACGUGCUCCUCUCCUUCCCCGACGAGAAGAACGGAAACAGCGUGACGGUCGUGAACUCGAGCGGCGUGGAGACCUACACUGCACGAAAGCAGGAGGAGGUGGUGACCGCGGACCAGGAGGACUCAAGCAUCGUCCCACCGUACGCCGCUUACUCACCCCCUGGGAGACCAAAGGGCAAGCUCGUGUUCGCAAACUACGGCAGAGCCGAGGACUUUGAGCAUCUGAAAUCCAGAAACGUGAACCUCACGGGCACCAUCGCCAUCUGCAAAUACGGCAAAGCGGGACGCGCGAGGAAGGCAAUCAACGCGGAGAGCGUGGGCGUCGUAGGCCUUCUGGUGUACACCGACCCGGCCGACAUCAACGACGGGGAUGUCGACAACGCCUACCCCAAAUCCUGGGGCCUGCCUCGCUCGGGCGUGGAGAGGGGUUCCUACUUCGAGGACAUGGGCGACCCUCUGACCCCGUACUACCCAGCAAAAGCUUACGCCUUCCGAAAGAACGACAGCGAGAUCAAGUCAUUCCCUCCCAUCCCAGCCCAGCCGAUUGGCUAUGAAGAUGCCGAGCUCCUCAUGAGGAAGCUGGCGGGUGAGGCUGCGCCAGCUGACUGGAAAGGGGCCCUGGACUGCCCCUACAACAUCGGGCCCGGCUUCUCCGCCCCUGAGGAAAACAGUGACGUGCAAAUAAAUUCCUUCAAUAAGCGAGUGAUCAAGACAUCCCACAACGUGAUCGGGGUCAUCCGCGGAAGCACAGAGCCAGACCGCUACGUGCUGUACGGGAACCAUCGGGACAGCUGGGUGCACGGCGCCAUCGACCCCAGCAGCGGCACCAGCGUCAUGCUGGAAAUAACGCGCGCCCUGGGCAGCAUCGUCAAGGAAGGCCAGUGGAGACCCAAGCGUUCCAUCGUGUUUUGCAGCUGGGGGGCGGAGGAGUUCGGACUGAUCGGCUCCGUCGAGUGGGCCGAGGAGUAUUACAAGACUCUCAUGGAGAGGGCCGUGGGCUACAUCAAUGUUGACAUUUCCGUGUUCGCCAAUGCGACCUUGCGAGUGCGCGGAACUCCGCCCAUGCAGCGCGUCGCCAUGGAGGCAGCACGCAACGUGAAGCACCCGGACCUGUCGGGCAGCCACAAGUCCGUGUAUGACGUGUGGCUCUCGCACUACAACAGAACUAGCCCCUCGCUGGGCGUCAUCCCCAAACUGCUGGAGAUCGGGGACGGGAGUGACUACGGGCCCUUCAUCCACUACCUGGGCGUGCCGUGCAUCGACUUCUCGUACACGUACGACAGCAGUAAAUCCAAGGCUCGCAUAUAUCCGGCGUACCAUACCGGCUACGACACGUUCGACUACGCCUCCACCUUCAUCGACCCGGGCUUCACGAGUCACCAGGCUGUGGCUCGAACGGCUGCCUACACCCUGCUGCGCCUCGCGGACUCCCUGCUGCUGCCCUACAAUGGCAUGGACUACGUGGAGACUCUGCUCGCCAUGCACGCCACGCUCGCCUCCAAUCAUGGGCAGCUGCUCGACGCUCAGGGCAUCUCACUCGACGAUCUCAAGUCGGCGGUCGAGGAUUUAUCAAAGGCCGCGGAGGAUCUCAACAUCCUCAUCAGCGCGGUGAACCCGGACACAGAACCAAUGAAGGUGCGUGCGAUUAACGACCAGCUGAUGCUCCUGGAGAGAGCGUUCACCGACCCCGUGGCCUUUCCCGACAAGCUCUACUACAGGCACGUGGUGUGGACUCCACGCUCGUCCGCGGUGGAGGCCUUCCCCGGGGUGGUGGACGCCGUGGGCGACAUCCUGGCGGGGUCGGGCUCCUGGGACCGAGUGCGGCAGCACUUGGCGGCCGCCACCUACGCCGUGCAGUCGGCCGCCAGCACGCUGCGCUCGGCAGCCUGAGCAGGGCCCCGGCGGGGAGGAAGAGGUGAUGGAGGCGAUGGCUGUGGCGGUGAGCGGGAAGCGAUGGUGGACGUCAGCGUGGAGGGAUGCAUGUGCAAGAGGGUUCACAAAUAUCUCACUGCGAUCUGUAAAAUAUAAACCACAUGCCAACGUACCAACACAAGCACAUUAAACAACGUCCCACUUUUCAAAUAAAUCUCUGAAAUGACAUUAAAACACUAAGCAUUA